AUCAAGUCGUGAACUUCAUAUUUCAAACCCGGAUUUAAACUGUUGUAGGCCUAGUGCGUGCAGGUAAAGAGCAGGAGAGGAAUUUGGAUUUGCUUGUGUCGGAUUGUUGUUUAUGAGGAUCAUGCAUCUCAUAUGGAUAAUACUUUCACUGCUCUCAUAUCAGGCUCACUGUAUACAACAUGGGAACCACAGCCGCAAGUCAAGCGCGCAUUUGAUCAUCGCCGCAGCCAAGAAGGGGCUAAAGGAAGAUGACGAUAACACCGGACCCGAGUUCACCUCUAGGAGAAGGCUUACCAGCAAACAAGUCGUUGUUGAGUUCGAUAUACUUCUCACGCCCGCACAAGCUAGAAUGAUGGAACGGGAUAGAAGCACUCGCAGGCGAAGGAAGCGGAAAGCUUUGAGUUCAAUAGAUUUCCAUUGGCCAAAAGGAAUUAUACCGUAUACCAUCGAUCACUCUGUUGAUGACGUUUCUAUCUUGGCGAGAAACAUCCUUUAUUCAGCAAUGGACCACUGGAUGAGUUUGACUUGCCUUAAAUUUGAAGAAUACGACCCGAAGAAACACGAUGGCGACAGAUUGAUAUUUGAAAAGGGGAAGUGGUGCAGUGCUAACUUAGGAAGGAUAGGAGGAAUUCAACAUCUGUUUGUCCACGAGAAUUGCUUGACUCGAGGAACUAUGAUCCAUGAGCUUGGCCAUACGAUUGGAUGGUUUCAUGAGCAUGCGCGGCCGGAUAGAGACAAGCAUAUCAUAAUUCGAUGGAGUCGGGUUGAUGACAGUGUAAACGAUCAAUACUCCAAAGAGAGUUCACAGUUCGUCAACACCUAUGGAAUUCCAUACGAUUAUCUCUCCAUCAUGCAUUAUCCGGAUAAUGAUGGUGAACUUAUAACCAGAGACCGCCGAGCCCAAGAACUAAUAGGGCAGCGUGAAAGUUUGAGUUUCUAUGAUAGGAAGCUUGCCAGUAUUAUGUACAACUGUAGUGCACAUUGCACACACCGGAACAUAUCAUGUAAAGAGCCGGGAUUCAUUGACCAUCGAUGCGAUUGCGUUUGUCCGAAUGGUAAAACUUGCCAGAUCAAAGUGCAGACCAGCGGAAAUGACAAGUCACCAACUCAGCAUACAGCAUCCCCAAUCACAAGCGAAGGAGAGUGUGUCUGGCUCUAUCAACGAGGGAAGGCCCUUAGCGUCAAGCCGAGUCAAGUUUUCACGGUAGGGGAUCUCGACGAGUGCAAGCUUCGCUGCCUGGAAGAACAACGCUUCAAAUGCAGGUCCUUUCAUUACUCAGUCAGGAAGAUUCUCUGGGUGGCGAGUCGGCGCUGCGCUCUGAGCGCUGGAUGGGAGACGGACAGACGAUUUACCGAGAGAGUAUCAACAGUCUAUUUUGAGACACCACAAUGUUUGCUAAAAACCAGGUUGUGUGGUUGGAAUAAAUCCACAGGCCUACUGAUCCACGUCACUGACACCGAAUCAAGACUAACCUAUGAUCUCACUCUUCUAGAGUGCAAACUCAACUGUUUAGAAGAACAGGAGUUCCAAUGCCGGUCGUUUAUGUACAGGAAAAUAGAUUCACAGUCGUCUAUCUGUGUCCAUUCGAGCCAGACCAAUUCUACAGUUAAAUCUGAGAUAGACAGUCGCAUUGAUUAUUAUGAAGGCAGGGUAUGUUAGGAAGUGCGAAUCUCACAGGAGAGCCAAGGAAGAAACCGGAAGCGCGUAUGAGCGGCGGAGUUCAUAGGUGCGCAAAAGAGAUUGAAGAACACAUAAUUCAUUGUAACUUCUUCUCCUGAGAGUGCAAUUGCGUCACGUUUUGGAAAUAAAGUUACAUGUACGUGUAAGGUGCUUAAUUUUACAAAUUAUGCCAACGAGAAAGUCCAACCUACCCACCUAUGAAUACGCGCUAAAAUAUAUAGGAGUUCGGCGUGUCAGUCGAAUUCAGAUUAGCGUGAGCGGUCGUCGAGGUUAAUGUGAGCGGUCACCGCGUGUGUAGAAAUUUUGAAUGUCCUUGGUUAGAGUGUCCGGGGACCGAGUGAUUCUUUUUGCGCUUUAUUCUCUGAGUUAAUUACGGUCAUGGAUUUUAUAGAACCAUUCACCAUGAUCCGGCAUCAGAAUACAAUUUGGUUGGACACUUUUCCCUGACGGACAUUUUCUACCUCUACAACGGUAUUUUCAACGCGGUAUUGCUGUUCGUGGUGAAUCUUGUGGCGCUCUCAUAUUCUAGAGUCUGACAAGUAAACUUUUUGGGGGAAAAACAAGUCGAGAACACGUUUUAAUAACAUGUAUAAACAUCACUAGGGCACGCGAACGUGACGGACCUCCGGUUUCCUUCUUACAGGGGAAUGUUAAUCUGUGAAAUAGUAAAUAAUAUGUAUACAAUGCAUUAUGUGUAAUACUGUGUAAAAUUGUAUCGACAGCCUGAUCUGUUUUUCAGGUACCGUAAAACGGAACUUCAUAUACAUGUAUAUAAAAAACGUGCCUUUUUUCAACUUCCAUAAUACACACAACCGUCCCGCCAAUACCCAAGUCUUUCUCCACAAAUCUUAGUAAUCACAGACAUGAAGAUACUAGAAUUACAGCGAUCGAACACUUAUCCUAAGUGAUGUCCUGGUUUGAUGUUUUCUGUGGAUUUGAGGGGACUGAUGAUCGCUCACUUAUUGAGUGGAUUCUUCUUCCUCUUCUUUUUCUGCAUUCGGAAAAAUUAAGUGUAUGAACUUAGUACCUUUACGCACCUGUGACUGUGUCAACACGGUGAUGAUGGAAGCCUGUGUGGGCAGAAAGAAUGUCGUUCGAGCCUUGGUUGAUGGGUUGAUGGUUAAACGUGUCAGUAAGCAUGUACAAAUAAUUGACAACCGCAUACACUGCAAUAAUGACCAACUAUUUUAUCCCUGCUUCUCACCCUAACCUGGCCUUUACUCUAAUUCUAACUUGAUAUAGAUUAGCCUCUGUCCGUAGGCUCGACGAUCAUCCCUGUGUCGUGUGAGGUGUCAUGUACCCAAGGUUUUGGUUUACCUUUGUAACACAAUAUAAACUAGGCCCUCCCAUUACAGUGUUGGAGGGGUACUCUCGCGGGAUAAAGAUAAUAAAUGCGGGCCAAAUCCCCCUUCAAAAUGAA